AUCGCGCGCGUUAUUUAACACACUAAAAUGUUAUCAAUUACAUUAGAUCGAUAAAAUAUGAUUAGAUUAUACUUUAUUGAAAAAGGUUGGAUAUCGUGUGAGUGAUACAGUGUCACUUUGUUCCUGUUAAUGUGUACUAGACAAAGAUGGCGCCCUGGAUAGACCUGCCUUACGAGAUCAGGAACGUCACGCCUGAAGAAGACAAAAUUAUCAAGAAAUGUCUAAUCGGAUAUACGAAACCAUUUGUAAAAUGCGGUAAGAACGAAUACGUGAUGGCGGCGUCGUUUAGAAAACACGCGGAGGAAAUCUACAACCUGGAAGUGAGGCCUGACGACAUCUGGGUCAUCACUUUUCCAAGAUCAGGUACGACAUGGACGCAGGAAAUGGUCUGGCUCAUAGAAAACGAUUUAGACUUCAAAGUUGCCAAAGCAAAGCCGCUCCAUGAACGAUUUCCUAUGUUGGAAGUAACAGCACAUAUACCACAAGUAGCAUUUGAGUUAAUCAAAGUAAACUUUAUGAACUUAGCUUAUUUCCAAGGCUUGAACCAUGCCGUUAGGAAGCCCAGUUGGAAAGCGAUAGCGGAAGCCCCAUCACCACGGUUCAUCAAGACACAUCUGCCACUGUCUAUGUUACCACCCAAAUUGCUGAGCACAGCUAAAGUCAUCUAUGUCGCCAGAGAUCCGAGAGAUGUCGCUGUAUCAUAUUAUUACCUUCACAAGAUGAUCGCCAAAACUCUAAUGCGAGCAACCUUUCAGACCUUCUGGGAAGCAUUCAGAAGAGACCUGUUGCCAUGGACACCGAUUGUAGCUCAUACAAACGAAGCCUGGGAAAAGAGACACAAUCCGAAUCUCCAUUUCAUUUUCUACGAAGAUAUGAUUAAGGAUCUACCGAAAGAAAUUCGUGCGAUAUGCAAGUUUCUAAACAGAAAAUAUUCGGCAGACAAAAUAGAAACUUUAGCAGAAUAUCUCAGUUUCGACAGUCUGCGAAAAAACAAAAACGUCAAUAACACGGCUGGUGAUAAUACUGAAGUACAAUUUCUUAGAAAAGGAGAAGCAGGUGGUUGGCGAACUCACUUCGAUGCCGAAAUGGAGCUGCAAGCUGAGGAAUUUAUUUCAACGCGUCUGAGAGGCCUAGACCUCUCUUAUCCAUCCUUCCAAUUGAAUGAGACCGAAUGCUCCCAUUUGUAACUGUUACAGUAUUAAUAUUUAUUAAUAAGACUGAUUCUAUAGAAUGCAGUGAAAACAUAAAAUGCUAUUUCCACUUAGCGAUUAACCGCAUGAUUUUAUCGUGCGCGCCAUCACUAAAAUGGUCGCGUGUCUUAAUUCUAUGAAAGUGACUGCAAAGCAUAGCCACAGUUCAGCGACUAGACGCUAAGUGAAAAUAGGCACUAAAGCUUGUCAUCAUCACGUCUUUAAAAUUAUACUAUUAAUGUACCCUUAGCUAAUUUUUAGAAACAGAAGAACAGAAUUCCUAAUUUUUUUGUUGAUGGGAUUCCUGUAGUUGAUGAGAACAUCAGAAGACUUCGAUCAUCGACAUGAAAAAGUAGAUAUAAUAGGAGCAAAUAGUGUCCUGAUUUUAAAUGAUCAUUGUGUUUAUACAAGUAAUGUUGCCACUUUUAAAAUGUGGAAAAGAAAUUCUUUUAAAAAAAUACAAAAAACUAAAUCAUUUAGAUUGAAGGAGUUCCUAAUUCUAAGUCUUUCUUACGUCCACCUCUUAGAAAUUUAAAGACAUAGCCUAUAAGUCUAUCCAUGUGUUCACAAAAGCUAUAUAAAAUAAGUAAAUAUUGAAGUUUUCAAUUGUGUGUAAUUUUCUAUAAGAGUAAAAAAUAAGUCUCGACGUAUUUUCUACCUAA